AUGGAGUCAGGGCCACCCACCUUCAAGCCGACGCUCUCCCAGCGCAUCUUCAUUGGAAUUUUCACGUUCGUCAACUCAUACGUCCCAUGGCACAAGCUCCCCUCGCUCCUCGGUGCCCUCAACCUAGAGUCGUUGCGCACCGAGCUGCGUGCUCACAAUCUGCAUGAUACGUACGUAUCUGGUGACUUGCAGGGCAACACGAUUAAUCAGCCCCUGGAAGACAAGCGGUUCAUUGAAGCACGUCACUCAGAUGGCAAGUUCAACUCGCUGGAUUUGCCGCUCAUGGGCUGCACAGGCAUGCGAUUUGGACGGAACUUUCCGAGGAAAUUUUGCCAGAAGCCGACAGAGGAAGAUCUCUUGAACCCAAAUCCUAGGCUGGUCAGUGAGCGCUUCAUGGCGAGGAGGUCUAAGGGCUUCGUUCCUGCCACGACUCUGAACUUGCUUGCUGCUGCGUGGAUUCAAUUCCAGACCCACGACUGGUUUCAGCAUGAGAUUAGUGACGAGGUCAUCAAUGUUCCACUCCCUCCAGGACACAAUUGGCCCAAGGAAGACAUGAAGUUGCGGCGCACCAAGCCGGAUGGCAUACUCGACCCAUCUGAUAUCAAGUGCCCUGGAUACAAGAACAUCAACACAGCAUGGUGGGACGGCUCACAAAUUUACGGCUCGAGUGAAGCUGUCACACAGAGCCUGCGAACCACACACCCCGAUGGGAAGUUGUUGUUCACGAAGAAAGGUAAGGAGAACUUCCUACCCCGCGACAGCGCAGGGAAUCCCAAGACUGGAUUCAACGAUAACUGGUGGAUUGGCAUGGAAAUGCUGCAUACGCUGUUUGCAAUGGAGCACAAUGCCAUUUGCGACAUGCUUCGUCGCGCACAUCCUGACUGGACUGGAGAUCAGAUCUUUGACAAGGCUCGCCUGAUCAACUCUGCGUUGAUGGCCAAGAUCCACACCGUGGAAUGGACUCCAGCCAUCCUAGGGCAUCCAACUCUCCAGAUCAGCAUGGCUGCAAACUGGUGGGGCAUUGUCGGCGAGACACUGACCAAGCUGGUCGGCCGAAUUUCGAAGUCAAGCGAGGCCAUUAGCGGCAUACCCGGCUCUGGUGUUGACCACGCUGGCACUCCGUAUGCUCUUACUGAAGAGUUCGUAUCGGUGUAUAGAAUGCACUCGCUCCUGCCUGAUAACAUCGCAUUCUUCAGUGCCACCACCGGCAAGCAUGACUCAACCGUUCCCUUCGAAGAGACCACCUUCAAUAAGGCGCAGAAACCCCUUGACUCUGGCCUCUCCUUCGCCGACACCUUCUACUCCUUCGGCAUCAACUACCCUGGCGCUAUCACCAACAACAACUAUCCUGAAUUCAUGCGCAAUCUGUCUACGCCCGACGGCCAGCUCCGAGACCUUGGCACCGUAGACAUUUUGCGCGAUCGUGAGCGGGGCGUACCCCGCUACAACCAGUUCCGCCGGCUCCUACGCAUGUCAGUCCCGAAAACCUUCGAGGAGCUAACGGGCGGUAACGUGGAGCUCGCACGGGAGCUGCGCGAAGUCUACGGUGACAUCGAGCUGGUCGAUACACUGGUGGGCUCUCACAGCGAACCGCUUCCGCAAGGCUUCGGAUUCAGCGACACGGCGUUCCGUAUCUUCAUCCUCAUGGCGAGCAGGCGGCUGAAGAGCGACCGCUUCAUCGCGGGGCAGUGGAACGCCGAGACGUACACGAAGGAGGGUUUCCACUGGGUGCAGAAUAGUGGCAUGAAGGACGUACUGAGGCGGCAUUUUCCAGAGUUGACGGUCCAUUUGGAGACGAGCAAGAAUGUGUUUGCGCCGUGGGAGAGGUUGAGCGAGUCGAUGAAGUACGGAGGUAUUGAGACCAAUAUCCCAAGAGCCGAAAGUCCUUUGCACGUGCAGUAG